AUGGAUCAUGAUGAUAACGAAAUUCAGGUUCCAGGAACGUCCUCUCCAGUAAAGUAUAAUUAUAGGCUUGAUUCAUCAUCACCUUUGAAACCUGAAGUCGAAAAUCAAAAGUUCAAAGCACAAGUAUUAAGGGAUAAAUUCUCUUUUGUUCCAAAUGCUAAUAAUACUCCAGGAGCCACUGAUCCUGUAAAGACAGAUCUGGAAUUAAAGCAAUUAGAAGAAGAGUUUAAAGAUUUUUCACCAGGGUUGGUUCAUGCAGUUUUUAGAUCAAAUUCAUGGAAUGUGGAUCUGACAAGAGGUAGAUUAAAUGGCAUUCGUAAAAAACGAACUGGUUGGUCAUGGAAUGCUUCUUUUAAAAGAGAAAACGAGUCCAUCAAAAAGCCAAAGAAAUCAGGAAGAUUGCCUUCAAUCAAGAAUGAUGUGUUUAAAGCUGAUCCAUCUUCAAAAAUUACCGUUGAUAAACAAAAGACCUCCAUAUUUGAUAGAUACUCUAGUGUGAUGAGUCAAAAUAAUCGUAAAAUCCCUAGCAAAAUUUAUUCAGAAGAUGAUGAUGAGGAUGAUCUACCAGUGAUACGCAAAAAGAGGAAGUUAGUUAGAGCUGAUGUACUUUCAAAUAAACAACCUACACGAUUAGAUAAAGCUAAAAAUAAAAUAUUAAACAUGAGAACGGAAAGACUUCUUAAUCAAGAUGGGGAUGCUGCGGAAAAUGAUGAUGAUGAUGAAUUAAGUGCUGAUGAUGAUAUAAGUGGUGAGGAAUAUGAAGAACGUGUUGUGGAACUCAAUAUAGAUGACCAGGUUUUGACAUUUAUUAAUACAGCAUUGGCUGCAGAUUUAGCCAAUUUAUCUGAUGCGCCAAUUGAAAAAGCUAAUGUUAUUAUUUCAAUGAGGCCAUUUUCAAGUUUAGAUGAAUUUAGUAAAAAAGAAUUUUUAACUGAAAAAGAAAAGGCUGCCAAAGCUAAGAACCCUAAAAAAAAAGGUGGCAGAGGAUCUUCCAAAAAAAAUGAAAGUGAAAGGUACAUAGAAAAGAUUACACAAUCUAUUCGUGGGUAUAACGCUAUCGAUUCUUUAAUUAAGAAGUGUUCAUCCUACGGUGAUACCUUGGCUUCACAAAUGAAGCGUUGGGGUGUGAAUUUUUCUGAUGCUAAUAAUGGAGCAGAUUUAGAUUUUAUGUGUGUUGACUCUGAUGCAGCUAUUGUCGAAGAAUUUGAUGAAUCAGACGUUAAUAGUGCUUCAUCUACACCAGCACCUACUUUGCUGCCAAAGCCAACAGUAGAAAAGAAGAUCAAAACACUAGGUAGUGAUGAGGAAGACUUUGAAGAUUUUGAGGAUUCUGAGGAAGAUGAAGAAUACGGAGUUACAGUGAACAGAAGAAGAAAUAUUCAGCUUAAUAGACGUGCGUCUCCACAAAGGAAAGCAUUAAUUAAGUUUUUUAAGGGUAAACCAAGGCUUCUUGCUCCAGAAAUCUCACUAAAAGAUUAUCAACAGACUGGUAUUAAUUGGUUGAAUCUGCUAUAUCAGAACCAAAUGUCGUGUAUUUUAGCUGACGAUAUGGGUUUAGGUAAAACAUGUCAGGUUAUAUCCUUUUUUGCAUAUUUAAAGCAGAUUAAUCAAGCUGGUCCACAUCUAGUUGUUGUUCCUUCGUCCACUUUAGAAAAUUGGCUAAGAGAAUUCCAAAAAUUCGCACCAUCUUUAAAGAUUGAGCCAUACUAUGGUUCACAACAAGAAAGAGCGGAAUUACGAGGUAUUUUGGAACAAAAUGAAGGUCAAUAUGACGUUAUUGUAACAACUUAUAACUUAGCUGCUGGUAAUAAGUACGAUGUAUCAUUUUUAAGAAGCCGUAACUUCAAUGUAAUUGUUUAUGAUGAAGGUCAUAUGUUAAAAAAUUCCAUGACCGAUAGAUUUGCUAAAUUAAUGAAAAUUGCCGGUAACUUCAGAUUGCUUUUAACUGGUACACCAUUACAAAAUAAUCUAAGGGAAUUGAUGUCAUUAUUGGAGUUCAUUAUGCCAUCCAUAUUUGAAUCUAAAAAGGAAUCCUUAGCAUCAGUAUUCAAACAGCGUGCAAGAACCUCGGAUAAUAAUAAAGAUUACAAUCCACUUUUGGCUGAAGAGGCCAUUACUAGAGCUAAAACAAUGAUGAGGCCGUUUAUCUUAAGAAGACGUAAGGACCAAGUAUUAAAGCAUUUACCAAAAAAACAUAAGAAAAUUGAAUUUUGCGAUAUGACUGACCUUCAAAAAGAUAUUUAUCAUAAACAAAUAAGUUCGGUUAUUGAACAUAAAAGAAUGAUUAAAGAAGAUUUAUUACCGGAGAAUAAAAAGGAAAGAGCCAAAAUUCUAGCAUCGGGUUCGAAUAAUUUGAUUAUGUCACUGAGAAAGGCAUCAAAUCAUCCCCUUUUAUUUAGGCAUAUUUAUGAUGAUAAAAAAAUUACUAAAAUGAGUGAUGCAAUUUUAGACGAACCAGAAUAUAUGGAAAAUGGUAAUAGAGAAUAUAUUAAAGAAGAUAUGAGUGUUAUGAGUGACUUUGAGCUUCAUUUAUUAUGCUGUAAUUUCCCAAAUACUUUAAAGAAGUUUACAAUUAAAAAUGACGAAUGGAUGAACUACUGGGAAAGUUACAUUAUUAACAAAAUUAUUGAAAAAAUAAUUAUUGGAAGACAAGAAAAAGUAUUAAUAUUCUCGCAAUUCACUCAAGUGUUGGACAUUUUAGAAAAAGUGUUAUCUACUUUAAAUUAUAAAUUUUUAAGAUUAGAUGGUUCCACUCAAGUCAAUGAUAGACAGUCCUUAAUUGAUAAAUUUUAUGAAGACAAAGAAAUUCCAAUCUUCAUAUUAUCUACAAAAGCAGGUGGGUUUGGUAUUAAUCUUGUCUGUGCCAAUAACGUCAUUAUCUUUGAUCAAAGUUUCAACCCUCAUGACGACAGGCAAGCUGCUGAUAGAGCUCAUCGUGUAGGUCAAACAAAAGAAGUUAAUGUAAGUAUAUUAAUCACAAAGAAUUCCAUUGAUGAAAAAAUCUACGAGCUGGCUCAAAAUAAGCUUGCAUUGGAUCAGCAUAUUAGUGAAGAUGAUCCUAAGAAUCUAGAAGCAAUGAAUAGUAAAGUAAGUGAUAUGUUGGAAGAUAUUAUAUAUGAAGAAAAUAAGUAA